AUGGUCGCACUUUGGAACAAGAAAAAGGACGACCCCGACAGGGAGGAAUCACAGACAAGGGAUGAGGAAAGCUCUUCCAGAAACCAUCGUGAACCGCAGUAUCGAGAGCCAGAUGAGCGCACAAGACUUUUACCUCGCGAUCAUGCCGCUUAUCUGAGACCCGAUGAUCCUGCAGUCUCUCCGUAUAACCUCUGGAGCGUUCGAGCUCUACGAGCCCUCUCUUCACUCUUCCUCGUGAUAAGCUUUAUAUGGUGGGCCUUCUUACUCGUCUCCAUCUUCGUCAGCCCGCCCAUGAUGCACACACGGGGGUCCGGCUUCUUCAGUUUCGCCUACACGUCGUUAACAGUCGGCUACCUGAUAAUCGCGCUCCUUUUCUUCUCCGUACCGUCAAAGCCAAUGACGAUAUGUGGCGCGAUCCUAUUUGUCUUUCUCUUAGUUGAUAUGUGCAUCAUACUGGGCGUAGCUCACAUCCGUGUCGAAGAAGGUUGGGUGGGCAUAGCCUCAGUCGUCUGGGCGACAUUCAUCUCGAUCUAUGCCAUUGGGCAGAACCGCUACGUCGCAUGGGGCAAAAAGGAAGAGGAAGAGCGCUUGACAGGUCGCGAAGAGACGCGUCGUCCCCUCCGAGAAUGGCUGGCCGUGCUGAUUGCCACCAUUAUCAUGGUCGUCCUCGCUAUCGUUUCCAUUCUCUUCACCGCAACGUUGAUCAUCCGCAUCCAGGACUCCUCCCUUGCUGCACCAGGCAAGAAGUACUACGUCAAUGGCAACCACUACCAAGUCCAUCUAGACUGCGUCGGCAACCCAGGUCGCAAAACCGAAGAUGGAGACCGCAUACCCACAGUUUUAUUGGAAGGUAAUCACGGGCCAGUCGAACACACCUUGCAACCAUUUAUCGAUGAUGCGUACCGCAACGGCUCCAUCGAACGCUACUGCUACUGGGACCGACCGGGAUAUGCCUGGUCCGACAACGCGCCAUCCCCUUACUCCGCCGGCAUGGCAGCCGACUCACUGUCCGAGGCGCUCGCUCUCGCCGGCGAAGAAGGACCCUGGGUCCUGGUCUCGGCCGGAGUAGGCGGCAUCUACAGUCGCAUUUUUGCCAGCCGACAUCUCCUCGAAGUAGAUGGGAUCAUGCUCAUCGACACCCUGCACGAAGAUUACCUGGACAGUCUGGGCUCACCGGGACGGGGCUUCAUCCUUUGGAUUCGGGGUGUUCUCUCUCCUCUGGGUCUCGAUCGACUCGCUGGAGCCAUCUUCAAGGGCCGGACACGGGAGGACCGCGUCAUCGGUCGUAGCGCCUAUCAAACCGCGAAGGUCAUCCGGGCCAAGUUGCAGGAGAAUCUGGUAGCCAAGUCCAUGACUGCAUCGGAGAUCCAGACCGCGCGACACGUGCAGAUGCCCGACACGCCGUUGACGGUGAUCAGUUCUGGUGUGGAAGUCCGGAAGAGUGAGAAGUGGAGGAAGGCUCAGGAGGAAUUGACGAAAGUAACAAAAAAUCUCAAGAACUGGGAUAUUGUUCGCGGGGCACCACAUGAGGUAUGGAGAUCGGCUGAGGGCCGAUCUAUCGUGGAGAAAAGAUUGAAGCAGAUGGUCAAGGGUAAGGGGAAGAAGUAA